AUGUCGAGCGACGCGGCGGAGGGCGCCGAGGCGCGGGCGACGACGACGACGACGUUCGACGACGGCGUCGUCCCGGGGAAAGGGGUCCUGGAGUGCGUGAUGUCGAGCUCGAGGAGUGAGUUUUUGGAUCAGAACGAUGCGUUUGAAUCGCGGGUGGUGACUUUAGAUCGAGUGAUGUUUUCGAACGCGCUGGCGAGGCGGAGGACGACGAUUCGCGGACGAUUCGCGCCGCUCGGCGCGGAGGGACGCGACGCGAUUCCGGGUGGAACGGGAGGUGGGGGGGGGCGACGGAGCCAUCGGCUCACCGGUUUCGGCGCGCGCGGGAUGAAUCUGAUCGAACGGAGUCACUCGGACGUCAUGGGCGCGGUGUCGAUCGAGCGCGACGGCGCGUUCGCCGUGCACGCGGGCGUGUUCACGGGGAACCGGCAACCCGAGGAUAACUUGGGGAAAUUACUCGUGCAAGCGAGCGCGAAGAGCUCGACGUCGACGCGACACGUCAACGCCGCGCUUAACCUAUCGCGGUGUCAGAGCGGGGAGACCGUGCUCGGCGCCGCCGUGACGUUCGCGAAGACGUUGAAGAAGACGACGCGCGCCGUCGUCGGCGACGUCUGGGCCCAACGGGCGGUGUCGCAACCAGACGGGCGGGAAGAUCUCACCGAGUGGGGCGUCGCCGCCACGCUCCCACCCAUCACGGGUGCUGGCGCGAUAAAGAACGCGGGUUGGGGCUUCGUGAUCGGGAAACCCGCGAACCGAGGCGGGGUUCAAGCCGAGGCGUACCUCCGACUCGGCUCGGACGGGAUCGAUCCCGGGGCGACCGUUCUCCCGGGUGUCAUCGUGACCCAGGACGAUCGCGGAAGUCGCGAGACCACGUUCGCGUGUCGCGGUGGGUGGAAUUGGUGA